CGCGCUUAUAUUUUCUUUCACUUUGGCGGUACCCCGCGUCUACCGUGCUUUUGGAUUUUCUUUCUUUUUUCUCGCUCCCCUCAUUGAAAACGAAAGAGAAACAGAGAGAGAGCAGAGAGAUCAAAAGCUAGAAGCAAGCGGUUUUUUUAGCUCCCUGUUUCACCCGCAUCCUCUCUCUCUCGCCAUCUGUUUUACUCAUCUUCACUCUAGCACCAACAAAAGCCACUCUCAUUUUCACCAAACGCCUAACUGAAAGUUAGGGCUUCAAGCUAUCAAGACUUCUGUGAUUCACUCUGAGAUCAGCUACUCACUUACUCAAAAUGUUGCAUUCUGUCUUAUCUGCGUAUAUUUUUCAGGGCUUACAGCUCUACCAAAAAAAGUUGAGCGUGCAGUGCAGGUUAAGAGGCGUUCUUUUUUGAGAUUUUCCUGUGAUUUUUAUUCGACCAUGUUUGGGGAUUCUAUGGCAAACCUUUCCAAUGGAAAUGUGAAUACGCAGCAGCCUGAUCCUCGAAGAACUUACCAAGUGGUCGUGGCUGCCACCAAGGACAUGGGUAUAGGGAAAGAUGGGAAGCAACCAUGGAAAUUGCCUUCGGAUGUCAAGUUUUUUAAGGAUGUGACCUUGACCACGUCUGAUCCUGGGAAGAAGAAUGCGGUUAUAAUGGGAAGGAAGACCUGGGAAAGUAUUCCACUUGAGCACAGGCCUUUCCCUGGUCGGCUUAAUGUUGUUUUGACUCGUUCUGGAAGUUUUGAUAUUGCUACCGAUGAGAAUGUUGUGAUUUGUGGAAGCAUGGGUUCAGCCUUGGAGUUGUUGGCUGCAUCUCCUUAUUUUCUGUCGAUCGAGAAAGUGUUUGUAACUGGAGGUGGUCAGAUAUUAAGGGAAUCUUUGAAUGCGCCUGGAUGUGAUGCUAUCCACAUUACAGAAAUUGAGAUGGAUUUUGAUUGCGAUACUUUUAUCCCUGCAAUUGAUACCUCUGUAUUUCAGCCUUGGUGCUCUUCUUUUCCCAAGAUGGAAAAUGACAUACGAUAUUGCUUUACAACUUAUGUUCGAGUGAGGAGUUCUGCGGUCGAUUCCCAUAGUCAAAAUAAUGGUGUGAGCUCUGAUGGUAAUUCAGAAAACAGUGAGUUUGAGGUAAAAAGGUUCUCGUUCCUUCCCAAGAUGGUUUUUGAGAGACACGAGGAGUAUUUGUAUCUCAGACUGGUUCAAGACAUCAUCAAUGAUGGCAAUUUGAAGGAUGGCAGGACAGGAGCUGGUACUUCAUCAAAAUUUGGUUGCCAGAUGCGGUUCAACCUGCGCAAAACUUUUCCGUUUCUUACAACAAAGAAAGUAUUUUGGCGAGGUGUUGUUGAAGAGCUCUUGUGGUUCAUCAGUGGUUCAACAAAUGCCAAGGUCCUUCAGGAAAAGGGUAUUCACAUAUGGGAUGGCAAUGCAUCCAGAGAUUAUCUUGACAGCAGUGUUGGGUUAAAGGACAGAGAGGAGGGUGACUUGGGACCUUUCUAUGGGUUCCAGUGGAGACACUUUGGUGCUAGGUAUACUGAUAUGCAUGCUGACUACACUGGCCAAGGAUUCGAUCAAUUGUUAGAUGUUAUUGACAAGAUCAGGAACAAUCCAAAUGAUCGUUUGAUUGUACUCUCAGCUUGGAAUCCUUCUGAUCUCGAAUUGAUGGUGCUUCCACCUUGCAAUAUGUUUGUUCAGUUCUAUGUAGCCAAUGGAGAAUUGUCAUGCCAAAUGUACCAGCGUUCUGCUGACAUGGGCCUUGGUGUGCCCUUCAACAUUGCAUCUUAUGCUCUCUUGACACACAUUAUUGCUCAUGUCUGUGAUCUCGUUGCAGGCGAUUUCAUUCAUGUGAUUGGUGAUGCUCAUGUUUAUCAUACUCAUAUCAGGCCUCUGCAGGAGCAGCUUCGUAAAAUGCCAAAGCCUUUCCCUAUUUUGAAGAUCAAUUCUGAGAAGAAAGACAUUGAUUCUUUUGUGGCGGAUGAUUUUGAACUCAUAGGCUAUGAUCCUCACCAGAAAAUUGAAAUGAAAAUGGCAGUAUAGAGAGCUCCAUUAAAGAUUAAGUGAAAUUAGAGACUCUGAUCCCUCGGCAAUAUAUGCUCAUAGUUUUGUGGCAAGAACAUAUAUGUUGCAAUUUUCCUCUUUCUUCUUUUAAAGGCACCGAUGUGGGAAGCUCAUCAUGCUAUAGAGUGUGAAAUGAAUGUCAAAUAUAAAUGUGGUAGUUUGGGAUAUACUUCAAGCUACUGCUUACAUAGUGAGAAUCCUUUAGUUCCACUCCUAGUCGUGGUUCCAAGGUGAUUUAGGAUCUGUAUUUUCUUUUUCUCUUAACAAGCGUUCUUGUUUUCUUCUUCAUGGAUCCAUCACUUUAACCGCAACAAUACUCGACAGUGCUUUUGUUUUUGGUUUUUGAAGUGGAUUGGAAUUUGGACAGCUA